GUAGCCAGAUGGGAGCACAAAACGCGAGCGCUCAGCCACGUCUUCGGCUCUCCCCGUGCUGCCUGCUACUGCCUGGGCGCCGUUAUCCUGCUGCUGAACUGCGUGCGGAGCCACUGCUUCACAGAAGCCAUGAAGAGCCAGCCGAGGCUGGAGGGCUUGAACUGCCACUGGGCCUAUUACGCAGGCGUAGCCAUCUUGGCUGUUGGGACCUUGUUUGUCAUCUCCAGCUUCUCAGCACUGGGAUUCACUGGGACCUUCCUAGGUGAUUAUUUCGGCAUCGUGAUGGAGGCAAAAGUGACCGGCUUCCCCUUCAGCGUCCUGGAUAAUCCCAUGUACUGGGGCAGCACAGCCAUCUACCUGGGCUGGUCCCUCAUGCACGCAAGCCCAGCUGGCCUUGUGCUGACAGCUGUAGUGGCAAUUUCCUACACAAUCGCGGUGCUGUACGAGGGGCCUUUCACAGAGGAAAUCUAUCGGCAGAAACAGAAGGGAGCAAAGAACAAGUAG